GAAGCCGAAACUGACGGGUAGAAAAACGCGAAGAACGGGCGCAAAGAAGACCGAGCUGUUCCUUUCAAAGUCAGUCAAAUUGGCAAUACACACAUCGCGUCGAGUGCGUGUCGUGCUUUUUCAGUGAAAUCGAGUGAAUUAUCGGUCGAAACUCAUCGCCAGCGAGCGCAAACGGGAGUGUAAAAAUGUCCACAGGAGAACAGCAAACGCAGGCCACCACCGGCCAACCGCAUCUGCAGAAACAGGACCUUUCCCAGCUGGAUAUUGCCAAGCUGACGCCACUGUCACCGGAGGUGAUUUCGCGUCAAGCCACCAUCAACAUUGGCACGAUUGGUCAUGUGGCUCACGGAAAGUCCACCGUCGUGAAGGCCAUCUCCGGUGUCCAGACCGUUCGCUUCAAGAACGAACUGGAGCGCAACAUUACGAUCAAGUUGGAGCCGUUGUCCGACGAGCUUAUCGACCGGCUUACGUCGAGUCCGGCCGAGUUGGCGCAGUAUAUAAAAAUGACUCAUGAAAGGUAUAAAAUCCAGACGCCUCCGGCAGCGUCCGGAUCUAAACGCCCACGUGAUUCCUCCUCCAAUUCGAGUACAUCUCCAUCGGACGGUGGAAGUCGCCUAAAACAAGCUAAGAUUAGUAGCUACUUCAACGGGGGCGGCACUCCGACGUCCGACGGAAAGCUGAAGCAGAGGAACAUAGACUUUUACUUCAAUCGGACGUUCGGCACUGGCGCAGCUAAUGGCCACAGCGGAGCCAGUAAGGAGAACGGAAAUGGAAUGCAUGAGCCAGUAAAGAACGAGGACAACGACGAUGAUGCAGAUUCCGUGGUCAGCGUAGGCUCAUCGAGGCGUUCCAUGCGCAGCACGACACCGUGUUCGUCCCGACUGUCCACUCGACGCAAAUCAGUCACUUCGGUUAUGAGUGAAACUAGCACGGGUUCGCCGUCGACUCGUGGUCAAUCCGGAGAAACAGGUACUUCUACGCCGCAGUCUGCCAGUAGCAAAAAACGCAAAUCCUACUCAAAUCCAAAGGCGAACAAAGAUGGUGAAUAUUCGGUGGAGGAAAUCCUAGACAUUCAAGAAAUCUCAAAUGCGCCCUAUUUCCACAUCAAGUGGCGUGGAUACAGUUCGAAGAGCAACACCUGGGAGCCACUGAACAACAUCAGAACGUGCAACUCAAUUCUAGAGUUUCUUGCGUACGAAGUCGGAGCACACAAGGAUGAGAUCGACGCGAUCCGCGAGGAAAUCAGCAAAACCGAGGAAUACCAGGAAAAGCUUCAGGCGCAUGAAACCAAGACGUUCCAGGAGAUGCUGGAAGAGUACGAGAAGUUUGACUCGAUGGCAUUCGACAGCGAUCUCAUCCUGUAUUCCAAAAUUCGCAUGAACGGAUGUAAAAACAAACGCGUUUAUGAUCGUCUCACGGCCAACAUCGGGCUGGAGAUGUCCUACCGAAAACGGCACGAGCAGUUGCUCAAAAUGAAGGAGUUCGAGGACAUGAUCAACGAGUUCGAACCCAGUAGUAAGAUCGUGGUAGAGAACCUACAGGACUUUGACGUUCCCCAACAGCAACAAUUUAAAUACAUAAAAGAGAACCUCGCUGGUGAGGGGGUAGACAUUCCGGACGAUCCUCCAUACGGCUGCGAAUGUGAGCAGUGCGGCUUCAGAAGCGAUUGCUGCGGCAAGAUGGCCGGAGCACGAAUCGCGUACAAUGCAAAGAAACGGAUCAACGUUGCCCCCGGAACGCCUAUCUACGAGUGCAACAAACGAUGCAAGUGCAGUUCCGACUGUUGCAACCGCGUCCUCCAAAACGGUCGCAAGUUCAACGUAACGCUCUUCAAAACAUCCAAUGGCCGCGGAUGGGGCGUAAAGACCAAUCAAACCAUCUACGAGGGCUGGUAUAUCACGGAAUACAUCGGGGAGGUCAUCACAUACGAGGAAGCUGAGAAACGCGGUCGCGAAUACGACGCAGUUGGUCGAACCUAUCUAUUCGAUCUGGACUUCAACGGAAGUGACAAUCCGUACACGAUCGACGCGGCCCACUACGGGAACAUUGCCCGGUUCAUCAACCACUCGUGCGAUCCCAACUGUGGCAUCUGGUCGGUUUGGGUGAACUGUCUCGAUCCGAACCUGCCCCGACUAGCGUUCUUCGCCAAACGGAAGAUCGAAGCCGGCGAGGAGCUGACCAUCAACUACCAAACGCAGGUCAACGAAAGUCGCGCGCUGGACGUGAGUCAGGAGAACGGGGAGAAACCCCCCGGCGGUGAGGAAAACGAAAGUGGCGAUGGUGGACCCGGCAGGGGCAAACCGGAUCCGGAGAAUUUGACCGAGUGCCGAUGCGGGGCGGCCAACUGUAUGAAGUAUGUGUUUUAAGGUGCUGGAUUCAUGUUUACAGACUCAAUCGUUUUAAAACUCUGCGUUGCGCUGCCUUAAUAUCCAACAAAGCAGACCGGCCUCGAGGAGAAAGAAGAUUAAUAUUGUAUUUUUACAAUUCGACUCUACUGUUAGAAAUACCCUACCUAAUUAAGGAUAGUGAAUUGUGCCUGAAUAAAACUGUUCAUUGUAGCCUACAA